AUGACUCUUGUCGAAGCGGUUUCGAGAUUAUUGGAGUUGUAUCCACUUGAGUCUUUGAAAUCGACUCCUAUUUUUGACGAGCCCCAGACUCUUGAAAUCUUCCAAACAGUGGGUAUGCGAGAUCUCACUAUAGAUGCAGACCAACUCGUCUAUUUUAAUGCCAAACUAACCGAAGUACUCGAACAAUACAUGGAAAAAUACCUUAAAAAGGACCUUGAUAACUUGGAAUAUACUCAUCGCUUGUUAAUAGUCCUUGAUUUGUCCAUUCUUAUUGGCAAUACUCACUCAAUCAAGGCAUGUCCUAUGCAAACUCUUAACACCAUUUUAUUGGUCUGCUGUCCAGUUGAUUUAGCUGUUUCUCAAUUCACAGAUUCCGUAUUUGCCAACCACAGAAGAAGAAAAGCAUUAACAUUGGAUAAUUCACUUAUUGGUAAGGCAAAACCUGGUUCCACUUUGCUUCAAAUAGGAAACAACCUACUUCCAAAGCUGGUCAACCAGUUCCAGGAAAACGAUAUCUUUGCUGGAGAGCUGAGAGCAUUUAUUACCAAUGCUAUAGAUAUCAAUGAUAGACUUUCAUUGGCCAGUGAUUGGAAGAUUAACCAGUUGAAAGGCUUUUAUGAAGGUGCUUCCAAGUCUCGGAAUUGGGUCAAGAUAUCCUCCUUGCCUGAUGGUUCUCCAGCCUCUUCUUAUGUUUAUGCCAACUAUCUUAGAUUGUGUCUUUGGUUUACUACAAAAAAGGACAUAAAAGAUCUCAUCGAUGACAUUGUUCAGGUAGCCAGUGUUGCUGCAGCGCAUACACACUCUAGGAAGCCUUCUCCAGAUGAUAAUCCCUUGGCCUGGUUGUCUCAGGUGGCCAAACAGUCAGAUAAGCUUGAAAGCUCUAGGUGUUAUGCAAGCGAAAAUAUUGAACCAGAUUGGAUUCUUGAUAAAGAUGAGUUUACCGAGCAGUUGAAAAGCAAGAAGAACUCUGUUGCAUUGCAUAUACAGCUGGCUAUAAUGAUUGAUUUUAUUUCCCAAUUCAACUUGCGCAACAUUCAAGCAGUGAAAGCCAAGUUACAGGCUAAAAACACCAAAUAUAAAACUCUUCCGGCUGUUUUCAACUCCUUUUUCACUAGUGAGAUCGUUAAAAGGAAGCUUUCAUCUACUGCAGAAUACAUUUAUGAUGAAAACAAAUGGUAUGGCGAUCUUACCAAACAUUUGCUUAUAGAUACAGAAUCCACCUGGAAGUUUAUGAAGAUUCAGCAGUUCAAUCACCCAGAACUGACUGAACUUGGUGCCAUUUCCACUCCAAAGAAGAGAAAAUUUGAUGAGUACAUGCAUGUUUGUUCUGAGACUCCAUUCGAGAAGGCAAAGCCUUACUUCCAUAAGAUGGGUCUGCCUAGGUUGUCACGUGUAUGGAAACUACAGACAGGUUUAGAUCAGAUCAAGUCUCAAGUCAAAGAUCCUAAUCAGAUACUACAAGACUUUAAGGACGAUCUUUACAUGGCGAAAGGAAAAGAAGAAGCCGUGAAGGAGCAGCUGAAAAAAGAACAGGACCCUGAAAAUAUCAAGAAGCUCAAACUGGAACUCGAUGAAACGACCAGUUCUAGUGAUCUCCUCACAUGGAAGACUCUACGGUUAAGUCGCACCUGCGGAGAAUGGAUCAAAUAG